AGAACUGUCACACCUCCUUUGGCUGUGACCCACAUGUGUAACUUUACCAUAGAGAAUUUGUUUUCCUUCUAUAUAAAUAUCACCGAUUAAUUCUGUUCAGUGAGCUGACAUGUACAAUAUUGCAUUAUCAAUCUGUCUCUUCUUUAGACCUGGAUAGCUAGAUGGAGUCAAUAUUUACUCUCUUUCAUGUGGUAAUGGCCAUCAUCAAUUCAUAUACAGCACAAGAGACUACUUGUAGCCUGCGUGGAGAGCCUGCAUACCCACAGAUAUGGAAGGACGGUGAUAUCAUAGUUGGAGGAAUUUUCCCCUUCCAUUUUAAAUGGGAUAUGACAGACUCAUCCUAUGCGGUCAUGCCACCUGCAACGAAGUGCACAAGUCUUGAAUUCAGAUCCUUCCAGUAUACACAGACCUUGAUAUAUGCGGUAGAGGAGAUCAACAACAGUUCAUCUUUACUGCCUGGAGUAUCAUUGGGCUACAAGAUCUUUGAUACCUGUGGUUCCACAACACAGGGGGUAAAAGUAGCAAUGACGCUUGUGAAUGGAAAUGAGAAAUCAAUCUCGGAACAGAUAUGUACAAAGCCAGCCCAGGUGCAAGCCAUAAUAGGAGAGACAUACUCAUCUGUGUCCAUGGCUAUAUCAAAGAGUAUUGGACCUUUCAGCAUGCCUUUAAUCAGUUACUUUGCUACCUGUGAAUGUCUGAGUGAUAAAAGGAAAUAUCCCUCAUUUCUGCGCACUAUUCCCAGUGAUUAUUACCAGACCUUAGCACUUGCAGAGAUGCUCAAGCACUUUGGCUGGACCUGGGUUGGAGCAAUAAGAAGAGAUGAUGACUAUGGAAACAGUGGGAUGGCUGCAUUUACUAAAAUUGCAGAACAACUGGACAUAUGUUUAGAAUACUCACUUCCAUUUUUUAGAACCUACUCACAAGAAAGAAUACUGAGAGUAAUUGAGCAAAUUAAAAGCUCCACAUCUCGAGUAAUAGUGGGAUUUGUCACUCAAUGGGAUUUUGAAAUUUUGCUGCCCAUACUUUCUGAACACAACAUCACCGGAUAUCAAUGGGUGGGAACUGAGGGCUGGAUAUCUGAUCCAGUAGUUGCCAAACUAGAUGAGCACAACAUACUGCAAGGAGCAAUCGGGCUAGCCAUUCCCAAAACAAAGGUGACAGGUCUGGAGGACUUCAUUCUAAAUAUAAAACCACUGAAAUCAGUAGGCAGUGCAAUUUUUAAUAAAUUCUGGGAAGCUUUGUUUAAUUGCAAAUUUACAGCACAGAAUGAUUCGGAGGACUCACCUAUAUGCACAGGUGAAGAGAAACUCUCUGAGAUAGAAAACACCUUUACUGAUAUGUCUUUUAUGCCAAUUUUCAAUAAUAUCUAUAAAGCAGUAUAUGCCAUAGCCUAUACUCUACACAGUCUUCUUGGCUGCCAACACACAUGUCUUACAAAGAAGCAGCCAGAUCUGUUCACAGUAAGUUAAUAUUGAUUCUGAAACUGUUUAUUUUUAUUUAUUUUUUUUCUAUUCAAGUAUUUGAU